AUUUCCAAAACACGAGGGGGGAAACUCGCACAGCGUGCGAGUCUUAAACGUUUGUAUAAAAUUAGAUCGAUUUUGUAAUGAUUUUAAUCUUCCUCGUUUUAAUCCAUCAGUAUAUUUAUAUAUAGCUUCUCGCUGUCGUUUUUAUUUGUAAUGUCUGUGUAAAAGAGUGAUUAUUAUAAGGUUUGUAGCAAAGUCUCGGGUAGAUUCUGUUGACAGGUGUCACUCAUGGUUCUAUCAGUCUAUUAUGAUCAAUUACGGCAAGCUGAAUGUUGUUCCUCUAGCUGAUAUCAUCUUCUAUCAGGGUGAAGAAAGAGAGAUGACAAUACAUUGCUUGUGCUCCAGAGCUUACGUCAAUGAUCGAGAAUUAUAUCGGUCAGAUUUUAAAGCCAUUCUGAGUCAGACUGACAAUCAAGUAGAUGUUGAAGCUAAUGAUGGGGAAGAGCUUUUGGAGAAUCCUAAUCGUUUUGUGGAUGAGGAAGAGGAGGAGGAGGAGGAGGAAGAGGCCAUUGUUGAUGAAGAGACCAUGCUUAUGGCCAGUUUGGGGCUUCCUGUGGAGUUUGCCAGCUCAUCAGAACAAAGGAGAACUGGCCUAGCGAGACUGAAGAACAAAAGAAGCAUCAAGCACUUGGAAACCCCCCCAGAUUAUGCCGACACAGACGAGGACUCUGAGCAGAAACAGCAGUGUGCUGUGAGUGACAUCGCUGAGACCCCCGCUGAACUGACGUGUCCCAUGUCAGAGGUGGCCUGGCUGAGGUACUGGGAGCAGCACGGGGAGGGUCUGCUGUGGCAGAGCUGGCUGGAGAAACAUCCCAAAAAUUCCAGCAGUACAGCGCAGGAAUGUUCCCGCUCGGAGGCAGACUGGGACGAGCACUGCCAACAAGCAUACCAGUACUACUGGGAACAGUUUCACUACUGGGCCGCCCAAGGCUGGACGGUGGACGAGUCCUAUAGCACAACCACUGCUUCUGAGGAAGAUCAGGGCAGCCGAGGAGAAACAGAGGAACUCAAGAAUCAGACGGAAGAAAGAUUGAAGGCGAACGCAAUCAGCGUUGCAGAUCUCAUAAGCAGCCUGAGCUUAUUGACUGAGGAAGUUGACAGCGAUGAUGGCGACCAGCAGUCUUUGGUCUGUAACUGUGCUGAUGAGCCCUGUGAUGGUGGAAGCCGCAAAAGGUCAUCUUCACGUAGAGGCUGCACUGACACUUCGGAUGGCAACAUGAAACAGACCUCUGCGCCGUUGAAUAAUCGGAGUGGACAACCCGUAAAGAACAGAUCUAACAAUGAGGAUCAGAGCGAUGAUGAUGAUGAACCUCCAGGGAACAGACGAACUAAAGUGAAGAGAGCUCAUGAGCUGGAUGCUGAGGAGCUUGCGGAGGUGCCGGUUGAGGAGGCGUGGGACGUUCUCGGCCUGAAACGUAGUGCCCAGCCUAAGUUUGACAGCGUUGUGAAGCUGAAACCAGUCCAGGGUCCAUACGCGGGCAGGAGGAGUGAGAACAGAAAGCCCCCUGAGGAAAGAAAAAAAGCAGCCUGCAAGAUCAACAAGCACAUCUUUUUUACUGAUGAUGGACCACAAACCACAAAGCCAAAGACCAGCAAAGCCCUUCAAAAAGUCCAGAGUUUCCUGCAGAAGGUUCAGACUGAUGCUGUCUCUGAGGAGCUGACCCCGGCCUCUAUGCCUGAAGCUCCGAUCUGCCCAUGUGAGAGAGCGGACGAGGGCAGUUUACCUACACGAAACGAGGAAGAAGCAAACAAUAAGAUAGAUGAAAAAGAGCGUGAGAAGACUCCUGAGCUCAACAGAACAUGUGAAAAAAGUGAGGAACAUCAGCAGAACAUUCAGUGUGUCUUCAUGCCAGAGCCAGAAGAAAUACAGGAUGAUGAUUCCGAUCCCAGAGGAGAGCUGCAUUCCUUAGACGUCCCUGACUUCUUGCUCCCAGAUGCUCCUGAGCACACCGAGGGAGCAGAGAGUGUGCAGGCCUUUAAAAAGAACAAGAGAAAGAACAGGAAAAGGAGAAAAGAUGUGGAGAUGCCGCCUGAGAUUGCAGCAGAACCUGAGCUGGCCAAGUACUGGGCCCAGCGCUACCGUCUGUUUUCCAGGUUCGAUGAGGGCAUCAAACUUGACCAUGAGGGCUGGUUCUCAGUGACUCCUGAGAAGAUAGCAGAGCACAUUGCUUUGAGGGUGCAGGACAGCUUCAGCGCGGAGCUCAUUAUCGAUGCCUUCUGUGGUGUGGGUGGCAAUGCCAUUCAGUUUGCCCUCACUGGGAAAAGAGUGAUCGCCAUUGACAUCGACCCCAUACGCCUGGCUCUGGCACAGAACAACGCAGAAGUGUAUGGUGUGGCGCACCGGAUAGAGUUCCUGCAGGGAGACUUCUUGCAGUUGGCUCCACGCCUGCGAGCAGACAUGGUUUUCCUCAGUCCCCCGUGGGGAGGACCAGAGUACCUCAGUGCUGACGUCUUCAACAUCAAGACCAUGAUGACUCCUGAUGGAUUUGAAAUUUUCAGGUUGUCAAAAAUGAUUUCAGACAAUAUUGUGUAUUUUCUUCCUCGAAAUGCGGACAUGGAACAGAUCGCGUCUCUCGCCGGCCCAGGUGGGAAAGUGGAAGUGGAGCAGAACUUUUUGAACAACAAACUGAAAACAAUUACUGCAUACUUUGGCAGCUUAAUUAAGUCAAAAACCUAAAACAUUUUAUUUCCUUUUUUUACUUCUUUUAGUCAUUUAUGUUAUCUGUACUUAUUGCACUUGAAUUGUACUCAUACACAUUAUCUGCUGUUUACUGUUUUGUAAAGCCAUUGACGAUGAAUUUUACAUACUAAUGUGUACUCAUGAUGCUGCUAGUUUAAUGUUUAUUUUAACAGUUUUGUUUUUCCAGCAUUGAUAUUUACCUAUUAAAAUUAAUUUGAAGGAA